AAUUCUCUGUGUAUGAUCCCAAUAGUGGCCUAUAUAGUUAAACAUCUUUCAAGCCAUCUUAUUGCAGCUCCUGUUACAUCAACAUUUACUCUUCUCUCUCUCUAUCUCUCCUUCUUCCUCUAACUCUCUGAUAUCUAUCUCUUGGCUGGCUUCAAUGGCACCCAUGAGUCUCCCUCCUGGUUUCAGGUUCCAUCCAACGGACGAAGAGCUUGUUGCUUACUAUCUUGAUCGAAAAAUUACAGGCCGCACCAUUGAGCUUGAAAUUAUCCCAGAGAUUGAUCUAUACAAGCAUGAACCAUGGGAUUUACCAGACAAGUCAUAUUUGCCUGGGAAAGAUAUGGAGUGGUAUUUCUUUAGCCCUAGGGAUAAGAAAUAUCCAAACGGGUCAAGAACUAACCGGGCAACAAGAUCCGGUUACUGGAAAGCCACCGGAAAAGACAGACCGGUGGUUUCUCAUAAACGGCCGGUUGGGAUGAAGAAGACUUUGGUUUAUUAUAAAGGUAGGGCUCCCCACGGCAUCAGAACUAAUUGGGUCAUGCAUGAAUAUAGCUUACUUGACUCCUUAAGCUGCACUUCUUCUUCUUCUUCUUCUACUUUGAAGGAUUCUUAUGCACUGUGUCGCGUGAUCAAGAAAACAAUACAAAUUUCUAAUGGAGUGCAGAAGGAAAAAAUGGCGGGGAUCUCAGAUGAACAAAUGUUCAGAGAUGACACUAGUGGGAUUGAAAGUUCAAAUGGAAACAAUAAAUUCCCAUCUGAUACUUCUUCUUCAGAUUUCACUCGAGGAACUCCCACUGAAACUGCUGGCACAGCAGAUGAUUUGCAAGCUCCAUUUGUCUCAGAUGAAGCCAACAGUGCAGCUCAUAUGUAUUCCCUUGGCCUCGACUUCUCUUCCAAUCUCUUUCAGGAAAUGCAAAUGCAAGGCCUUCAAUAUCCAUGUCCUUACCCACCGUUACAAGUAGAAGACUUCCCACAAAUAAAUAUAGCAGAGACGAAGCCAUCAAAGCCUGAAGAGAGCUUCAUGUGUGAUAAAUUUUACAGGGAUUGCAUGAACGGGACCCUGGAAGAGAUCUUGUAUUUGUGUGCUUCUCAGGACAAUUCCAUGGCCCUCUCCAUGCAAGAAUGAUAAUUAUUAGAUUACUAACAAAUUAAAUUAUACAGUUUUUAUACUUGUUUCUCAAUUUCUCACAUAUAAGUGUAAAAUAUAUGUAUGCUACAUCAUUUUAUACUUACAAAUUACAAUUCAUUUACGACACAAAUUAAUUAAAGUAUAGAAUUAAUAUUGUAUUGGGGCAUUAAUAGCCCAAAAGGAGGAUUAUUUUGCUUCCCUUUGUUAUAAUUAUUGUUGUAAUUGUUGGGUCAAUUUUGAAGAAGAAAUGGAAAGUAUACUGUAUUUGAAUUUU